CAAAUCACCGAGUCCCACAAUUCAUUUCUUCAGUUUCAUCUUGUGGUCGGAAUCGGAAGGAAGGAAUUAUCCGCUUCCCGACCAGAAAAUGGCAUACCGUUACAAUUCGUACGACUCUCGAUCAUCUACAACCUCUUCAAUCCACUCCGAUCCAUCUUCCUCCUCCGAGUUCAAGCCAAACAAGCCGUCUUCCUCGCGUGCCAUCGUCAAAUCCAAACCUUCCGUCUUAACUACAACAGCUAAAGCCGUCAAGGCCGAUAAUCCUGGAAAUAUCACGUCCAUGGUGAAGAAGCUGAUGGAGAUUAAGAAAUCUAAUCCCAAGAACAAGAUCAUAAUCCCAUCUGAUGCGAUAGCGGUGGAUCUGAAGAGAACGGCGAGGGAAACAGUAGGAGGCAGAAACGGCUUCGGCGCAUUCCAGAGGAAGCUGUUCGGAAAAACGGAGAAGGUGAAGAAGGAGGGGAAGGCGUUGACGGAGGCCAAGGGGAACACGAGGACUCUGGCUAUGGUCCUGAGAAGCGAGAGGGAGCUCCUGAACACGAACAAGGAGCACGAGAUCCAGGUGGCCGAGCUAAAGCUGCAGCUUGAAGAGAAGAACCGUGAGGUGGAGAAGUUGAAGGAUCUGUGUCUUAAGCAAAGGGAGGAGAUAAAAUCACUGAAGAGUGCAAUUCUGUUUCCGGAUGUGAUGAACAGUCAGCUUCAAGAUCUUCUGGAGAGACAGGGCUCAGAGCUGAAGCAGGCAAGGCAGAUCAUUCCAAACCUUCAAAAGCAGGUCACUUCCCUCACUGGCCAGCUCCAAUGCCUUGCAGAAGACCUUGCUGAGGUGAAGGCAAAUAAGUACUCUUCAGGAGCCUGUUACCAACACAGUAGCAACUCCCUAGAUCACACAUCCUCGUAUGAUCGCGGGGAGACUUCUGAUUCACUGGACUUCAGCUCAGGUGGCUCGGAAAACCCAGGGAGCCCAGAUGGCUUGUCUCUUGAAGAUCUGAAUCCCUGCCUAACCCCCUAUGCCAAGACAAAGUCCAAGGGGUUGGAGAAAACGGGAUAUGAAUCACCACCAGAGGAGAGAUACUCAGGAUCAGGGAGCAGCACCGUAACGACGGCAGAUGAAAACAAGUUGAGUUCAAAAAGCAAGAAGCUUUCAAAGAGUUCAGAUUGUAGCCAUGCCCCCAAACCAAUGGCGAAGCCAACUCGUUGGUCAGAGGAGCGCAAAGGUUCGUACAGAAAGCCAAUGAGUCACCGACUCUUCUAAGUGCUUCAACUCGACUUUUGUCCAUUCUCUGCAUGAGUGUACUCCAUUUGGUGUGUAGUAUCCGCUCUCAAGACUGCUUUAUAUUUAAAAAAAUUAAUUCAAGCCAUAUUGUACGAUAACCCCUCUGUUUUAAAUGGAUGUGGGCUUUUUAGUUUUUACGUGAAGAAGAAGAGCUGGUCUUGUGUGGGAGAUGUGGGUUUUUCUCGGUACAUGAUUUGGAAGAGUCUGAGUGCAAUCACCACUUUUUGUCAAGCUUAAGACAAAUAUGAAAUGUUGGGGUGGAUGCC